CCAAGCGAGCGAGCUUUCUGAGUAUGAACAGGAAGGAAGGCGGCUCUGUGACGUCACCGUGCUCCGUCGCUGAUGGUGGAGAAGUUGCUGUGUGUUUAUCGACACAUAUCACUAUAAUCCCCUAUUACAAAGCCGAUUGUUACCAUGGAGUAACUGGCAGGUACAGAUGACCAUCUCCAGGACAAAAGUGUGCCUCCCAUGCGGCUUCCAGGCGUGAAGGCUGUAUAAAACCCAUGGAGGUGAUGGAAAGUCCUCUGAAUCAUGCUCAUCAGCAGAGCAGGAAGGCAGACCGGUUGUUGGCAGCUGGGAAGUAUGAAGAAGCCAUCGCUUGCCAUAGGAAAGCUGAAGAUUUGCUGAAUGAAGCCAUGAAGCUGACGCAGUCUGAGCAGGCUCACUUGUCACUGGAAUUACAAAGGGACAGUCAUAUCAGACAGCAGCGACUGAUUGAAGAGAAAUGGAAACGGGCCAAAAGGGAAGGGAAGAGAGUCCAUCCUCACAGCCUAACCCCAGCAGACAGAGAUGUAGCUGCAUAUCCACUGUGUUCUCCACAAAAACCCUCCUUGACAGAAACGGACGGUGGCCACAGUGCCCUGGGUUCAGCUCGGGAGCGGUUCGGACCUGUGGAGCGUGAGUACGACACUUGGCUGUACUUACUCAAGAACAAAGGGGCUGUUUUGGAGACCUGCACAGGUAGCAAACCCCUCAAGGAUGACAAGACUAGACUAGAAGAACAAGAGACUGCCAUUGCUGACCUGAAAAAGCUGGUGGACUUCCUUCUAGCUGAAAAUGAGAAAGUUAUACAGGAGAACCAGCAGCUCAAAGCUGAAAAUGCAAGGCUGAAAAAAGCCCCGCUAGAGAAGGAGCCAUAUGCAGAUACUGACUUUGUAGAGAAAUCUGAGCUGUGGGGACUGCCUCAGCCCUCUGACGAUAGGAAGGCAAAGGACAUUCCAAUACCUAAUCUUCCUCCUUUAGAAAUGCCCACUCAAGACAUUUCACUGGAUGAUCUCCCUCCUUUAGAGCUUCCAGAAGACAUUCAGACUGAACUUCAAGAGCUAAUGAACAUGAAGAGUGCCAGGGACAAACUAGCACAGUAAAGACAAGAAAAAGGGCGUUCGGUGCUCAUAAGGCUGGGGGGAAAAAAAAAAAACAACCCCAAUUGCAGGAUGCGUUCAGUGGCUACCCUGCAGAUCGUGUGACACAGUCAAGCAUAAUUUUUACAGUACUCCAUUAAUUUAAUACUCCAUUUACUGCAACUGUACUGGUUAAAAUCUUAGAGGGAUCUGUGCCUUUGCUAAAAAAAAAAAAAAAAAAAUGCUUGUAUGGCUGUCUUGUAGAAUCCCAAGAUGACAUUCCGUUGGGCUUGCACUGGGUGAAACCUGGAGUCACGUUAUACCCUUCUCCUGUGAAAGCAUAGUUCCCUACUAAUGUUCUAAGAAAAAGAAAAGGUGUGCAGUUCAUACACCAAGGUUUAUGUGCAUGUUUGGGGAGCAGAAGUGGGUGGGGGUUGUAAAAGAAGAGCUUUUCUGUUUCUGAUAUAUGUUCCUUUUAAUUUCUAAAUAUAUUGGUUGCAACAUUCACACAAAUGUAUCAGUGACUGAGAUCGGUUAUGCCACGUAAUUAAAUGGGGUAACUGGAAUUUGUAGUAAGCCCCUAUGUGAUUAGGGUUGCCAACUUUCCAUUUUUCCAAAACCAGCAAUGCCUGCGAAGCGGUCCCACAAAAAAGGACUGACUCAGCGAGAAUGGAAAUACCCAAACAGCAAUGAACAGUGAGUAAGCAAGAUUCACAACAACUGGACAUUUGCUGUCCGGUCAGUUGUUCAGACUGGACACUGUACAAAUUUCCUUAAAACCAAACAGUUGGCAACCCAAUAUGUGAUGCUGAGCUAUAGUAAUUGCUUAAUGGCCUGGAAUUUAUUCAUGAGGUGAUCUUGCGGUGGUCUAAAUAAACACUUUGAGGUCCCAAUAUCUAACUUGAUGUACUGUAAUUUAAAUUAAUCUCUUCUAAAAUAAUCUAAUACACCCAUGCUGCAAUAAAAGCCCUUUUAUACUGUGAUAUGUAAAAGUAGCCUUGGGCCCUUUGAAUGCCUUGUUUAAACUAUAGUAGCAUUCUUCCAAUCAUAAUUUGUAUCCCUAGCUAAGGAUCCUUCACCCCAGCCAAACGAUAUUGUGGAGCAUGGUGUCCGGUCAUAUGUCACACUUCAGUGUUUUGCUAGUGAAUCCAGAGAACCUUUUAUUCAGUUGUAAAAAUUGUUAGUAGCAUUCUUUAGCACAGGUUAUUGAUUGUAUUGGAAUAUUGGGGUAAGUGACAGGUGUCUGUCUGCAUGUCACACAUUUUUACUUAUGUUGAGUGCAUAUUCAAUUGUUAUGACACUUGGUUUGAACAUUAUUUUGCACAAGUAACACAAACUGGGUAUAUGAAGGCGUAACAUUUGCAUUGCAUACAGUGGAUGUACAGUAGGUGAAGGUGAUCCACUUUCAUGUUAACAAGGGCUCAGAUUUUGUAUUUACAGCUACAGGGGGGUUGUGAUAAUAAUAAUGAAUCCUGUGGUAUUGGUGAAAAUGUAGCUAAGAUCAAUAGCAGCAAUUUAUAAGCCUUUCUCACAAUACUGCAAGUUACUGGCUUAUGUGAAAAAGGCAUAUCCAGUACCUCAUAUUAUUAUUUAUUUUUGGUCACCAAGUUAAUUUGUACUGUAAUCAGUCAGCUACUGAACACAUAAGUAAUGUUUAUACCACACAAACCUACUCUUUCAGGUAACUGCAUUUUAAUAUGCAUAAUCAUCCAGAAGUACUAUAUCAGGGUGCAUUUCUAAUUGUAAGCACUAACCUGGAACUUGUGCCACAUAUUUGAGCUCUUAAUGUGAUGCAACUUAUUGAGCCAGUUGUAUGAAUGGCUUAUAUUUAUGUUUUAUAAAGAGGGAACCAAAUCAGCAAUGUUUUAAUAUCAAUGAUUGGUUUACAUAACAAAGUAAUCAGGGUACAUCAGAUUUUUUUUUUGUUUUGUAUUAUUGCUUGAUGUAAAUCUAACAAAGAUCUGUGUGCUAUAAAUUCAAAAAAAAAAUUAACAAUAUGUAUCUUGUUUUGGUGAUGCAUGAAUGAAUAAAUGUUAGUUGUAAGUAUAUGAUCUUUAAGAAGAAUAGAAUAGACAAUUUAUUUAAAGACUUCAGUUAAUUUGAAUUUUUCUUUUGGGAGUCUGAUGUAAAUAUACACGGUUAAUGAGGUGUGUGGGAUCUGUGAGAGAUCAUCUCAUGCAGUUUAAGCAAUUCUGGCUGCUCAGACUGGUAAAUAAGACUUGCUAUUGGGAAUACCACAUUUUA